AUGAGCAGCCGCCGCCACCUCUCGCCGCCGGCGGCGCCGCUGGAUGACGAAAACCUACUCCCCGAGAUCCUCCUCCGGCUCCCGCCGCAGCCCUCCUCCCUCCCCCGCGCCUCCCUCGUCUGCAAGCGCUGGCGCAGCCUCGCCUCCGACCCCGGCUUCCUCCGCCGCUUCCGGAUCCACCACCGCCGCAGCCCUCCCCUCCUCGGUUGCUUCUUCCAAGAACCUCACGGUAUCUCCUUCCUACCUGCUCUCGAGGCCCCCAACCGUGUCCCUCCUGGCCGCCUCUCUUUCCAGUCCACCCACAGUAACGGCCUUCGGCUACUCAACUGCCGCCAUGGCCUCGUGCUCAUCGCCGACAAGACUCGGCACGACCAAUUCCUCGUGUGGGACACCAUCACCGGCGAGCAGUACCACCUAGCCGUCCCCGCGCUGUUCGACACGGCAGUGGCGGUGCUGAUAACCGGGGCGGUGCUUCGUGCUGUGGGAGACACCCAUCACUUCCAGGUGGUCUGUGUAGCAACACGCAGACGCGAUCCGCAACGUCGACAAGCAGCCUGCGUUUACUCGUCGGAGACGGGCGCGUGGGGAAACGUCAUCUCGACACACAUUCCGUCCGACCUCGACUCCCAGUCAAGGUUUAAUCUCUACUUAUUUGGCAUCACAACGACCCCAGCGCCCGCAAUGCUUCUCGGGGACUCUCUUUACUGUACUCUUACUGAUGAUUCAUCAAGCAUCCUUGAAUUUGAUCUUCUGAGGCAAAGUCUGGCUGUAAUACGGAUGCCCAAGGAUGUGUAUAAGUAUAAAGGUCACAUCACGGUUACAAGGGCAGAUAGUGGUGGGCUGGGUUUCCUCAUGGUGACAGACUUCACCCUGCAAUUAUGGAAGCGGAAGAUUGAUUGCGAUGGUGUUGCCUCAUGGGGGCUGGAAAAAACUAUUGAACUGGACAAGCUGCUUUCCCUUAAUCCAGAGAAGGGCAGCAUUAUGAUACUUGGGUUUGCUGAGGAAAACAAGAUGGUGUUCCUGGGGACAUUUAUUGGCCUCUUUGUACUCCAGCUUCAGUCAUUGCAGUUCAAAAAGCUAUCCGAAACCGAAACCGUAUUUCACUGCCAUCCAUUUGAAAGUGUGUAUACUGCAGAAACAGAUGUUGGCGGUGAACAUGGUCGAGCUGAACUUUUGAACAAUGCAUAA